CAUUUAUUGUUCAGUCAAAACAGCAGAAAACCUUCUCGGAAUGUUUUGUUUUCCGUAGCGUUUAACUAAGUUUGAGUCCAGAGAGAUUUGCUUAAGUGACUAUAAUGGAGUUUUUCUCUGCUGCCUAAGCUAAGCUAAGUUUGGGGCGUUUUCGGAACCAAUGGAGCAGUGUCCCUAUGACCCUCACCACAGGGUCCCGGUCAGGACCAUGGAGAAGCACAAAGCCUCCUGCAAGCUAAAAAAGAUGGGCUACUCUGCCGAGGAGCAGGCGGAGAUGUACGACCCCUCCGUGAGCUAUGAGAACACCAGCGUCAGAAGCUUUACAAUGGACAAAACCACCCAGCAUCAGGUGAUCCUACAGGCGAGAUCUGCUGCACCAAUGAUGAGGAUGGAAGGAGUCUUCUGGCAAGGUCAGUACUCCGGUGAGCCGGUCGACGUGCCUCAGAACCACAAGCGAGCCGUGUGUGAUCUCACUGUUGCCGACCGAUUGGCUCUGUACAAUCAUGUUGUCGGCGUCAUCAAUGAACAGAAGGAAGCAUCGUCCUCCAACGACGAUCUCUACGUAGAUCUGGUGUCCAAACUCCAAAAAGAUGAAGAACAAAAUGAACCAAAGACUAAACUGGAGCUGAUGGCAGAAAUGAGGGACUACAAGAGGCGGCGUCAGUCCUACAGAGCCAAAAAUGUUCACAUCACCAAGAAAUCCUACACUGAGGUGAUCAGAGAGGUGAUCAACGUCCAUUCUGAGGAACUUGCCAGACAGUGGAAAGAGGAGGAAGAUGAAGAGGAGUCGAUGAGAGUGGAACAGUCUUCCCACGGGCGGCAGGUGGAUGAAAGACGCUCACCAUCCUCAGAGUCUCACCACUCCCACAGUAAACGUCACCGCAGCCGGGAGCGAAGCCACGAAAGGGAGAGCAAGAAGAAGAAGAGUAGGAGGGACAGGUGAGAAAGGACUUAUCUAAGGGUUGUGGAUGUGUAUGGGAAGUUCUAUCUUCUGUUCUAGCUCUCGUAUACCACACACCAAUUACAGAAACAACCACAUGACA